UUAACAAUGUAUAUUCCUCCGUGUAAUCCUUAGCAGCCAUUAAAGGAUGUCGCAUCCGAUCCUUAAGAAGAAAGGGAAUGAUCUCUUUUAACAGCAUUUCAAACUGGGAUGUAAAGAGAGCGCCACUGUUUCUCGCUGCGUCACAGGGGACCACGGCAGCCAAUCUGCUCGUGCUAGAGGAUGAUGGUAAUUCACCAGGUCCUGUCUCCAGCUCUUUCUUUCCCACCGACCCCGGAUCUGCUGACUCAGUGCCUUAAAGCUGCCUCUCUCUAACCGCCGGACCAGAACUGCAAGGCUCGCUUCGGUACCGAAGAGUUACUGCGCCAACAACAGCCAUGGCUAAAACCGCAAUCGCAUACAAAGAGAAGAUGAAGGAGUUGUCUGUUGUCUCCCUCAUCUGCUCCUGCUUCUACCCAGAAACCCGCAAGAACCUAGUGUGUGAGGUUGAAGACAUGGAGGUGAAGCCCAUCAACAAGCGUGCCUCAGGCCAGGCCUUUGAGGUGAUCCUCAAACCGCCCUCCCCAGUGUCGGACGCAGCCCACAGCAUCGCCUCUCCCCCCAAAAAGAGGGACGUCUCCCUGGAGGACAUCCAGAAGAAGCUGGAGGCAGCCGAGGACCGACGGAGGUCCCAGGAGGCGCAGGUGCUGAGGAUGCUGGCGGAGAAGCGCGAGCACGAGCGGGACGUCCUGCUGAAGGCCAUGGAGGAGAACAGCAACUUCAGCAGGAUGGCCGAGGAGAAGCUGGCCCUGAAGAUGGAGCAGAUCAAGGAGAACCGCCAGGCUUAUUUGGCGGCCAUGAUGGAACGCCUGCACGAGAAGGAGAGGCACGCCGCCAUGGUCCGCAGGAACAAAGUUCUGAGGGAGGACCUUACAGCAUGAGUCUGGUCAUCCACCACCUCCACCCCCCACCCCUGCACCCACCCCCAGUCCUGCUACUUCAGCGUAAAAUAAGCCUUGGGUACCCAUAAGGCAGUGGACAAAGCUGCCCCCUUCCACACUGUCAACGUUAUUCAGACCAAACUAAAAAAAAAAAAGUGUCACACUCCUUCCAGAGCAAUGGUUUGCUUUAUUCAACAUAGAAAAGUAUAGUUGGGAAUUGUUUUGUAAAUACUUCUUUUUUUGUUAUAUAUACAUAUAUCUAUAUAUAAAUAUAUAUGAGACAAGGGCAUUGCGCUGUGCAGUUUCAAAUUGUAUUUAUUUGUUCAUUUAUGGGCUCUAAAAACCUGCAGCUGUUUCUCUCGUAACAGACUUUGUGUUGUGAAUUUGCAGUUAGCUGGCAUUUGCAGUGUUUUUGACUGAAGGUGACUGUUUCUGUGUCAUUGAUGCAAGAGGUUGGUACACUCGGGCUCCAGGUAUAUGUAGGCAUCUGUUGACUGGUUUAGUUUAUAUAAAAAAACAUCACUCUUCUCUCUCUGUCUGUCUCUGUCUCUCUCUCUCUCUCUCACACACACACACACACACACACACAAAACAGACACAUACCUCCUCCCCUUUACUAUAAAGAGCAAGUAUCAUUCUCUGUAAAAACUUGAAGAAGAAUAUUGGGGAUCUAAUUUUAAUCCAAACACAUGGAAUUGGAUUUUUUGCUCUGUCCUGAUCUCUUUGUCAGAACCAAUGGCAUCCAGCCUGCAUGUCUCUUUCGCUGGCCGAAUCCCAGGUUUGCCACUUAAUGUGAGGUCAUUCCUCCUUCCACCAAUUCAGUGGCAGAAUGCAUUGUGCUUUUACACUACACAACUGGUGAACCUUUUCUGGAACAAAUUCUUAAAUGCACCCUUAGAGCAAGCUGAUUUGCAUAUGUAUAGUCUGAAGUAUUUAGCCUGUGGUACAAGCAAGCAGUCAUAAGCAUGAAUACAAGGUAACAUGCGCACAGGAGUGUAGAUGUAUUGAGCUGGCCUGACCAGUAUUCAAAAGUAUUUCACACAGUAUUUCAAAAUAUAGGACACUUGAGAGCACAUCCCUACUGACACACUUUUAGGAGAUAGAGCUCUAGUUUACAGUCAUGAUAAAGAUGCGAAGUAGAGCCUUUGUCUAUGAAUUUGUCCGUUGCAACCCUUUCACUGUGUACAUGUAUGCAUCUGUCCGGAGAGGGUAAUGGAUAAUGUGUCCUCUACCUUUGGAUGCCAAACAGGAGAUAUGCGCAGUGUUGUAGCUCCAGUACACUUCAGAUCUUCUGCUUGGAUUUAUCAGAGGAAUCUGCCUGCCUGUAUCAUCAGCCUCCUGUCUGUGUCCCCCAUC